GUGAAACAUAUUAACAGUACUCAAGAGAGCUUUUUCGCGAGAACAUCAGAGCUCGAAAUCCGUUCGGUUGCGCCAUGUUGAUUACUGAAUUCUUAAUCUUAUUAUCAAUAGUUCUUGUGUUCAUAAAAUUAGUAAAACCCUUGAUACAGUUUCGUAGUAUACCUUACGUGCGACCAUGGUACCCUCUCGUAGGGAAUGUUUUUCUCUUCCUUGGGAAAACCGGAGAACAGUUGUUCGAUCAGAUGAAUUCUAUGUUCGCUCAGCAUGAUCGCUUGUUUCUGCUGUGGUUCGGGAUACGGCCUGUAGUCGGAGUCAGUCACCCUGAAUUUAUCCGCAAAGUGUUGACCAGUAGAGCAUGCCUGGAAAAGCCCUUCUUUUAUCGGUUCUCUCGUAUCGAUCAGGGCCUGUGGGCAGCCAAAACAUCCCUCUGGCGAAGUCAGCGGAAGGCUCUCAAUGCUACUUUUUCACCAUCGAUACUCAAAAACUUCAUUCCCACCUUCGAAACAUUUUCGAAGCAGCUCGUAGAUAAACUACAUCAGUACGAAGGUAGUACCAUUGACAUUCUUCCCAUAACAUCGGCAUGUACACUUAGAAUGAUUGGCCGUACCACAAUGGGCGUCGAUGAAAACGAUGAGAUGGAAAUCGCAAAGUUCGUGUCCAAUAUGGAUAAGAUCACAGAAGUUGUGUCAAAUCGGUUCCUUUCUGUCCAUCUUCACUCAGAACAAAUAUAUCGGAUGACACAAUUAUAUGAACGAGAAACUCAGUGCAGAAAAGAGUGUAGUAAUUACACAAUGAAGGUUUUAAAGGAAAGAAAACGGAAGGUACACAUGGAGCUACCAGGACUUCAAAAGGUCUUUAUCGAUCAACUUUUGGAUGAGUGCGCACUUGGAAGAUCCUUCUCGGACACCGAAAUCAUACAGAAUGUGUACACGAUGCUGGCUGCGGGGAGCGAAACUACUGCUCGAUCCAUUUCCUACGCUUGUCUACUCCUUGCUAUUUAUCCGGAUAUCCAGGAGAAAGUCUACGCUGAAAUCAUGUCCUUAUUGUCGGACGAUAUCCAUCCUCUCACGACCGCAACUUUGGCCGAACUCACCUAUAUGGAAGCCUUCUUGAAGGAAUGUCAUCGCUUGUAUCCUGUGGCUCCGUACAUUGCCCGAGAAUCCACAGAAUCGAUAGAACUCGACGGAGUUUGCUUUCCGAAAAGAUCUGUAUUUAUCUUCAACUUCUUUGCCCUACAUCGAAGUUCCGCCGUUUGGGGAAUUGAUAGCGAACAGUUUAAUCCAGAACGGUUUCUGAAUGAACAAAAUGGAGAACAUCAUGCAUUUGGGUAUUUACCUUUCAGUGGUGGUCAACGAAAUUGUAUAGGUCAGCGGUACGCAAUGACGAGUCUGAAAGUGAUGCUUAUUUACUUGAUAAGAUACUUCAGAAUGGAAACGCACUUACGCCAAGAAGAUUUACGAUUUAGUUUCGGAAUGAUGCUGGAACUCUCAUCGGAGUGUUUGGUUCGAUUUAACAAACGAUGAUCGUUUUCGUUUGAGUGAAAUACAAGUUUGUAGUAAAUCAUUCGGA